GCUAUAUAUGGACAGCCAGCCUGAGCGGUAAUCGUUACCCAACAAGGAAGCUUCAGAUUGGUCUGAGCGACCGGGGGAGGGGAUUGACAUGGUCGUCGAUCAUCAUCAUCCAGUGGCGGACGCCAUCGUCUCCCUCACAGGCGUCCUCUACUUCUCUGCAUGGUCCCUCUCCUUUUACCCUCAAGUCAUCCUGAAUUACCGGCGAAAGCAGACUAGCGGACUGUCUCCGGAUUUCGCCUACAUCAAUCCCCUAGGGCAUCUCGCUCUCACCGUCUGGUCAUGGGGAAUGUACUUCAAUCCUGUUGCACGACAUCAAUACCGGGACAGACAUGGCGGCCAUGCUCCGCAGGUCUCAAAGUCGGAUCUCGCCUUUUCACUGCACGCAUCUAUCCUGUCAGCCAUUACUCUCGUUCAAGUCUGGUACUAUGGAUACAAAAAUCGACCACGUAGAAGGUCCAAAUCGAACGCGAGCUCUGCGACGGCAGAAUCAGAGCCAUUACUGGGUCGUACAAUCAGCAAGGAUGUCUUCCUGCCUGCGGAUCCUGUCAUCCCCUCAAAAGUUGUCCAAUUGGGGAUCUACCUCAUCCUCAUCGCUUGUUUCGUAACGGCAAUCAUGGUCUGGGCAGGAAGACUGCAGCUGUUAGACUGGCUUUACUUUGUCUCCAGUAUGAAACUUGUCAUAAGUCUCGUCAAAUACAUUCCUCAGGUCAUUCUAAAUUGGCAACUAAGGAGCGUAGAAGGGUUCGCCAUUGGGACGAUCAUUACGGACUUCAUGGGCUCUGUGCUAUCGUUCAUCCAACUUGUUGUUUCCUCUAUCUAUAUCGAGCACGAUCCAACUGGGAUCAUUGCCAAUCCUGUCAAGCUUGGAUUAUCCAUCAUCUCUCUUGUAUUUGAUAUCAUCUUCCUAGUUCAAAACUACUGGCUUUUCGCUGGUCGGCGCAUAGAACAAGCGAAUGAACAGGAGGAGAGUGAUUGACGAGUUGUGCAAUGAAUCGCGGAUGCAUGGUG